CCUUGGACCGAUUCUUCGCGGAAGCUUUGGUCCGGGCGAUGAAGGAUCCCGAUGCUCGAUCGCUUUUGACUGCGCUCAGUUUGUUCUGCUGUUAUGUAGGCGAUGGUUUCCAGCCGACCAAGCAUAUACAGUGAAUUAAUUACCUCGACCAAGAGAAUUUUUUGUGUGUGCCGCAGUGACGAAUCCACGCAACCUCCUCUCUCUGUGCCCGGCGGUCUCGGAUCUCUCACGUCUUGCUGUAGUUCACGACUGUUGAAGAGCUUUUGCGACGAUGCUCAGUGGAAUAUUUCGCUAUAAACUGAGUAGUUUAAUCUCUUGAUUGCUGCCUCCCUUUGUGGUUUCCAUACCCUUUGUGGGCUUGGCGAUCGGAAGGCAGUCCUUUCAUGUUGUACCAAUUGCUCUGCGCGAUCGUUUCUCGGUGGAGAGCGGCGUCCAACCCUCGAGGCUGGUCUUCUCAUCGGCCAAUUCACGGCGCGUUCUCGUCUGAAUUGUAUCCAGCUUUCUAGCUCCGCAUGCGGAACGUAUGAUGGUCGUCUGCCGUUGUCUUCGAAUUUGGUGACUACAAGCGCGGUUGCAGGGCGAUUGAGUGGUGGAUCGUCAUCUGCCCUUGUUGAGGAUCGCCCUAGAGACAGGCAGGUCUGCAAUGGUGUCGAAGUCGGACGACGCUAUAGGGAAGUCAUCUUCGUCUGAGAGCAAUGGAGGAAAGAGUGGGCUGUCCAUUCGGCAGGGAGUGAUCAUGGCAGUGAUUGCUUACACUGCGAUCACGGCUCUUCUGUUGGGAAGAGCGUACAAAAAUAGGUCACUCACUGUGACACAUAAUUCGAAGUUUCUGAUCAGCAUCCAUGACAGGACGGUUUCGAAUGCUCUGUCGGAGGAUCGUCCGGAGGAGGAUCUGAUGCUUCUCGAAGAGGAGCCCGAGCGCGUUGUGCCGGACGAUGGGAGCAACUCGUCAUCUGUAGGCUUACGGCUUGCCGCAGCAUUAGGGGAGGACAACAAUAGCGAGAACAACAACGAUGAAGUUAUAUCAGAAGAUGCUAACGAGGAGGAUUGGCGGGACAGGUUGUAUCAUUCCUCCGUAGUUUUUGGCCUCAACUACGAAGAGAUGAUAUCCAGUUUUAAGAUUUUUGUUUAUUCCCGGCUUGACCACGCCUUUGCAGCCUUAUCCGGCAGUGCAGACGGCGAUGAAGUUCGCUACAUCGAUGACCUCUUCUUCCAAACUCUUUACCAGAGCGAUUUCGUUACGAACGAACCUGAGAAAGCUCAUUUGUAUUUCAUUCCCGUUUCCAUCCGAGCCUUGUGGAACGAUGAGCGUGUCGGCCCUUUGAAGAUGGGACGCUUUUUGAACAAAUACAUCCAGGGUCUCAGAGAUGAUUAUCCAUACUGGCAAAGAACUCUUGGGGCAGAUCAUGCUAUUGUUGUCUGCCAUGAUUACAAAGAAGAUGGAUCAAGAAACGCACUGGAGCUGAAGAAGAACGUGAUCCAAGUGUCAUGUUCACCGCUAGCUGGGGCCCAAACCUUUUUCCCUCAUAAGGAUUUUGCUAUUCCACCAUUUCGCCGCCCUAUCGAUCCUUCGACAGCACGAGAAAUUGAAGUCAGCGAGCGCACGAAGUUAUUGUACCAUUCUGGGAGGGAUUCAAAAGGCUUGACCAGAAUGUGGCAUGAGGACGGCGACGUUCUGUUGCAGGCGGAUGAUGUGGCCUCUGACAUCGACCACAAGCAUUUGCUUUCCAGCAAGUAUUGCUUGAUAUUGGCCCCUGAAGAGACGUCGAGAGUAGUCGAUGCCUUGAGGUUUGGGUGCGUUCCCGUCAUCGUUUCAGAUGGCCGCAUGUAUGACUUGCCAUAUCAGGACGUCCUCAACUGGAAUGAGUUCGCGGUUGUCUUAAGCGUGAAAAAUCUGAAACACUUGAAAAGACUCUUGCAGGAUAUGUCGCAAGAGCAGUACAAACGCAUGCAGAUUUUGGGGCUUGAGGCUAGCAAGCACAUGGAGUGGCACACGCCUCCACAAGACCAAGAUGCAUUCUACAUGGCUCUUUACGAUCUCUGGGUUCGUCGUCACGCCAUUAGAUACGCUGAAAGGGAGGAUUUGUAACUGAACUGUCGAUAUGUCGGAUCUCGCUACGAAGGCAGCACCAACAAGCAUGUGAUUUGCUUGUGCAGUCGGGCAUGACACAUCCAAGUGUUGACUACAAACAGGAGGUCAGGCUGCAGGUGACUCUCCGAUGUACAGGGACAAACUUUAGCAGGGUAGAAUGCGAUGACAAUCUGCACAAUACGUAGCAGCUGCCAUCUCAUCUCACCUAUGCUCCGAGGCAUGAUGUUUCCGUAUACCUGACUCCCUACGCCCUGCGCAGAACAUCACAACCUGCACGAGAAGGUAGGUCCGGGAAAUUGUUUUGUUCACUUCCUGUUUUCCACGCAUGGGGAAGCGUUAUAAAGAUGAGUUACCUUCAAUUGUAUUGAUGACAAAUAGUUCUUUCGUUAUCGUCAAUUUGGGGUGUGCAAUUUUCAUUCAGAUCUGUAAAUCGGAUGCUCAUCUAAGUAGUUUCCCCAAAGCUCUCAAGGGACAAAGCAGCGUUCUCAUUACUGUGAGUUAGGCGACACAUAUGGUUGUGGCAGGUGCUCUUAUUGUUAGCAAGUGAAACUCUUGGUUAUGAGAUCCAGGGUCAAACAGAAUACUCUAUGCAUGUGGAACAUUUCUACUUCGUUAACUUCGCAAAACUAUCCUACAUAUCGUAGCAUUGAUUAACUCGACAAGAUUAGUUGCAUAAAAUUCGCUUUGGUGGAGGCAGAGAAUAAGUUUCUUCGCUGGGGCAUUAGAAAUUGUUGGACCCAUAAAAUAUGGAUUCAUUCCAUUUUUGGCCAAAUGGUUUUAGUUAGAGUUAGAAUAUUUCAUAGGUUAAAUAGUUUAAUUAAUUUUUUUACAUAUUUAUUUAAUUUGUCUGCGGAGGGGAUGCAAUUUUAGAAUAACUUGAAAAGUGUAUCUACUUUAAUUUUAUGUGGUGAUAUUUGUUUUGGUUUACCAAUUUGGUUGUUUUUAUUUCAGAC